AUGGGUACCGAAAGUUCAGUCGCUGAACAGAAGGGUUCUCUUGUUGCUUCUGGUUACAAUCGUUUUGACACGACUGGGCAUCCACAUCCAUUGAUGAAUUUAAAAGUGUUAUCGGAGCUGGAACGUCACGCUCACUCCUUGGCUGUACAAUUAGACCGGCUGCUGACCUCCACUCAAUCGAGUUUGGAUCAGAUGUCUGGCCUUACGAUGGACUGCACUUCAACUCUGAGCAAUUCUGUGGACCUGACAUGUGAUGCCGUGGACGCUAGCAUUAAGACAACCUACGCCUUGAUGGCCAAGUGUGAAGAGUUGUCCAAGGCGGUUGUCCAGGUGAAGCCGUUGGAGAAAGAAAUCGAAGCUGUCAAACGAACCUUGGAUCGAUUUGAAAGUUUACUCAAAGACCCCGGACAUUAUUGA